AUGAGAAAAAUGCACUAUCUCUCGUUACUUUUUCUUUCUUAUUUCUUUUUAAAUUUAGUUCUUUCUGAAAAUUCUGAUCACCAGCAAACAGAAAAUUAUUUGAAUACUAACAAUGUUCACAAUCAGAGUAAACCGAUUAAUGUAUCAAAAACUCCUAUAUUUAAACGAUCAACAUCAGAAGAUGGACAUGUAUCAGUUCCAAAUAAAAAAACUACCAAUGAUGAAGAAAGAAAACAAACAAGUUUUAUCAUAGAUCAAGAAUUAAUUGAUGAACUAGAUAGAUACACAAAUAUAAAAGAUGAAGUAAUCUUAAGACCAAGUAUUGAAUCGAAAAGAGAACAAAUGGGUGGAAUAAUAAAGAGACAAAUAAAUAAUGUAAAAGUGGAUGAAACAGAAGAAAAAUAUAAAAAAUGCUCUAAAUAUUCUACUACUUUUUGUGAAACCCCCAAAGUAUAUUCUUCAACGGUUCCCAAUCAAGAUGACAUGUCAUAUCAUUAUUAUGAUAAAUUUUUGCAAAUGUCGAAUAAAUUAUCCAAAGAAUACCACUUUUAUGAUUCAUUUAUCGAACAUUUUUUUUCUAUAUAUAAUUCAUAUGUUAAUAUAGAAGAUAAUAAUUAUCAUAGUGUAUCUGUAUCAGUAAACUUCCAUUUUAGAAGACAUGGAGAAGAUAUGAAUUUUUCUGAUUUAAAUGUAAAUGCUUUUGGAUAUAUAAAUAAAGGUAAUACCGAUGGUGGUGCAAGAUUAGGAAUACACAUUAAAACAGAAUUAGAUUUAAAAAAAAUUAUAUCAAAUAAUAGAACUAGAACUGCUUCUCCUAAUUCUCUUCCAGGAUCUCAAGGUUAUAUUGAAUCCGUAGAUGAUGAGUUAAAUCAGGAAGAUGAACAUAAUAGAACAUAUUUACCUCCAGAUCUUGCUAUCCCUAAUAAGGCAUGCGAAGCUAUAUCUGAAAGUAAUAUUAAUCUUAAGGAAAACUUUUUUACAUUAAAUGAAAUCAAUAAUAAAUUAUCUGUCUCGAAAUUACAAGAUUUUAUGGACAAAUGCUUUAAAAAAGGUACCAAUGAAACUGAGACUAAAUCUAAAAGUAAUGAAAAAACUAAGCAAACAAAAUCCAUAGAUGACUUAAUGAAAGAUCUUAAAGAUAGCUUAGUUACUAAAAAUAUGGCAAAGUGCAAAUUGUCUUUUAAUGCAAUAAAAAAUUAUUCCUCCGGAUUUUCUAAUGUAAUAUCUCUUUUUACUUUAAUGGUAAUUAUCAUAUAUAUGUGUUUAUAA